AUGGGGAAUACAAUGAGUGUCCCAGAGGAAGCUGAAGAAGACAAUACAUGCACAGGAAAGAGCUACCAGGCUCUAUCUGAAUCUCCUGAUAACAUUAAAAAUGGAUCUGCUGCAUUUGUUCAGACUCAUUCUCCUGCAAUGAAUGGUGAAGGGCGUACUGAAGAUCCAGCUACAGAUUCAUCAGUUGGAUCGGCAAAACUUGAUGUCAGCUCAGAGGCGCCCGGAGUGAACAAAGCCCCAAGUGACAGCGCGGAGGUUCCCGCAGCAGCUGCGCGGGAGGAAGACGCGCAUAAAAACCUGACCCGGGCCCCGCCGGCAGCAUCGCUUCACGACAUCGAUCUCGCAGCGUCAGUGACACCUGAGGGAGAGGAUGCGGCUGCCUCAAAGCCAAAACAAGUAACCUUCUUUGACAGGAUCUUCAAACUGGAGAAGGGAAAGGAAAGGAGUAAAACGCAAAUUGAUACCCAAGAGGAAAGGCAGACUUCAGACCUUCCUGACGGGCACAUCCCAGCAAAGGAGGCUGCCGGAUUACAGAGCCCAUCAAACAGUGUCCCGCAGGGGAAGGAGAUAGAUGCCUGCAACCAAAAAGACCUACUGCAGGACUCGGCAGGUGUCAACGGUCUCACUGCUGAGCAACCUGAGAAGGCAGAGGUAAAACAAGACAACCCCCAACCAAUUGCUGCAGUAGACAACUCCGUCAUGAGUUUCCUUAAAACAUUGGUCUCCCCAAGCAAAGCUGAAGCCAAAAGUGAUUCUGAAGACAAGGGAUCGAAAGCGGAAAAAGGCCAUGGUGGGCAGCCUGCUCCGAAGACAGCGGCAGAAUCCCAAACUAAAGGGGCCAAGAAAAAGAAGGCAGAGAGUCCCAAGCUAGGACACAGUACAUUUAGCAAACUCUUUAGGCAUAAGGCUGCAAAAGAGACCCAACAGACAACUAAUACCAAAAGCACUGAACAGCAGCCUGUUACCUCUGUAAAAUCAGACAAAAACGUCCCUUCCUCUCAAGAGCCGCAGACAGCUAAGCAGAAUAUAAAAGCCCCCGAGCCUGCAGCCCCACCGCAGGCAGCGGCCACCGAAGCCCCCAAAGAGGUGACGAAGGAGAAAGCAGCAUCCACUCCUAUACCACUGAGCAAGCUCUUUUGGAAAAAGAACGCAUCGGAAGAAGCAGAGAUCGUAAGCAAUGAAAAAGCAGACGCGUCUUUAGAAGCUGUGGCUCCUGACAAAGACGAGAGUAAGAGCCCAGAAGCUGCAGAAGUGAAACCUAGAAGAGAAGAAAGCAAAACCCCCAAAGCAAACCUGAGAAAGUUUUUUAAACUGUCAGUCAAGGGUGAUGGAGGGACAACCAGUUCAGCAGAGGUAAAUGGCCCAAGCCCCAGUCAGCAAACAUUAAACUCCACAGAGAGGCCAGUUGCCCCAGCCGAAAGUGAACCUGUGGGCCAAAAGAGCAAAGAGGGUUCAAAAGACAAGAAGUCUACCGUGGAGCUGAGCAAGCAGAAAGGCAGCAAACAGGAAACCAGGGAGCAGCCAGACUCCAGGGAGCAGCAAGCAGCCGAGACCGACUCCAUCCAGAACGGAGGAGACGCUUCGAAGGAACCCUCCUUCAAGAAGACAGAGAAGAGGCAGUCACUCGGAGGGUUUUUUAAGGGCCUUGGCUCCAAAAGGAUGUCUGAUGCAGAAGUGCAAACAGAUCCAGUGUCUAUCCUACCUGCUGGGAAAUCCAAGUAA